AGCGCAUAGAAUGGCGACCUGCGUUUUUGAGCUUAGAGUGCAGUUCUCUGUGGUAUACAUGAAAAGCAACAUGUCCAAAGAAACUGAAAAACCAAAACCUGUAUUUGUUUUAUCUGUGCUUCUCAUUUUGUUAAAAUGCAAAUAUUUCUCCUGUUUGCCUCAGACGGAACCUCCAGAUGUCACGAAGUUUUACGUCAAGGACGCAAAGAUAUGGAUAGUAAACACGACGAUGUUCACAUCUAAAUUCUGUGAAAUGGAUUUCGUUUGGACAACAAGCAUGAAAUACGCCUUUUUUGACAGAAGCUAUUUAGGGAAUCACACCACGCACAAGGAGAAACUAUUGGGACAGUUUAAGAAGACUGAUAUCAGCAAAGUGUAUGACGCAAUGAUGGUAGCCCAGUACCAUGGCACAUCUUUUCAAUCGAUGGACCAGCUUCUUUACUCGUAUCAAAGCUAUACUUGUGGUAUCUUCAAUGUGACAUUGUUCACCGAGCCGCGAGGAAGCUACUAUGACAUGCGGGUAAAACAAUCCGAAGUUGCACAUCCAAACUCAAGCUGUAUUGAAAUGUUUGAGCAGCUGUCGGAAAGAAGGAAUGUUACUACCCUUUAUAACAAUACUUGUCAAACCAUCAGCCAGCACUGAAGAAUCGUAAAAAUUUGUAGCUUUAAAUACCGAGUGGCAAGAUUCACGGGACAAAAUGCGAUAGUUUGGUAUUACGACCAAUUAUAAUCAUUUCAUGCGGCUCAAAUAAAGAGUUACAGCUACGAAG